GGGGAUUACAAAUUUCCUUCUUAUUUUUACUACUGAAUUCUGAAGAUAACGCUAGACGAUUUGCUGUCAUUUCCUGUUGUUUUUGGUCAUCCCAAAAUCUCAGUUAGAAAUUGCACUUCUGAGUUCAGUUUCAUUUUCACAUAGCACUUGGUCAUAGAAAAAACAAGUACGUAGCUUAUUAUUGCCGUCAAGAGAUUCAACUGCGUCAAGUUAGGUCGUAAUUUUAGAUAGUUCAACAUAGUAACUUCAAGUUGAAAAUAUUAUCAUCAGCUUUUCGCCAAUUUCCCUCUGAAUUUUAUCAGUGUGUGUUGUAUCUACCAGCUAAAUUUAAAUCGGUUAUUGCAAAUCCGUGUCCUAAACUUACUCUUCAGAUGAGGAAAGUUGUGCAAAUGUGUUGAUAAAUACUGCAUAACAGUGCUGUCUAGUUGAAUAGUUUAAAACCAUCCGCGACUUAACUGACACGCCAAGUUAAAGAUAUAACCAUCUUCGCUCUACAUCUGUUGGUGUAGUUUUAUAUAAAACGAAUCAAGUUAUUCAUUGCGAUAUAUAAAAUUGUAACAAGUUUCGAUUUGGUUGUUUAUUUAUUUAGCUUAUUUUUGUGCAGUUUUGUGAAGGGUUAUCGUUCGACUGGUACUUACCUGGAAAUGAGGUCAGCAUCAGGCUCUGGAGACGCCAGCAGUGGCAUGCGAGGUGGUUCUAGUGGGGGUCAAUUAGGGGGAGGGUCACAUUUGGGGGCCACUUCGGAGGAGAUCGAUGACGACACAUUGCCCGAUGACUACCAGCCCCCCUCUCGCAACCAGCAGAAGAAAACAAGGCGAGGCGCAGUCUCAUCUGAAGCCGUGACGGAAGAAGAUAUCGCAAACUACGUCAAAAAAGAUAUCCCGAAGACGUAUCAGGAGAUGUUGGCGCUGCAGGAGGCGCUGAACAAGAAUGUUCUAUUCAAGUACCUCGACGACAAAACACGCUCAGACAUAUUCGACGUCAUGGAACCAAAAGACUACCAGAUCGGCGAAAACAUCAUCGCACAGGGUGAAGAGGGCGAUUAUUUCUACAUCAUCCACAAGGGUGAAGUGGACGUCUAUGUGAACAAUGCCAAAGUGGGCUCCAUAGGCGAGGGGGGCUCCUUUGGAGAGUUGGCUCUCAUCUACGGCACUCCCAGGGCAGCCACAAUCACAGUGAAGGAGAGCGCCUCUGGAUCUUCAGUCACAACAUUCAGACUGGACAGAGAGUCCUACAGAAUGCUUCUCAUGGGAAACACUCUGAAGAAGAGGAAACUGUACGAAGAGUUCCUGAAGAAAGUGCCAAUAUUGGAGAGUCUUGACUCGUGGGAGGCGAUGUCUCUUGCAGACUGUCUGGAGGCCAUCACGUACAGUGACGGGGGAGUAGUUGUGAAACAGGGCGAGCCAGGAGACGACUUCUUCAUCAUCGUCAAUGGUGAGGCGAAGGUGCUGCAGAGGAAGGACGGAGAGUCGGAGGAGGUCGAGGUCGGCACACUCAAAACCUCAGACUACUUCGGAGAGAUAGCACUUAUCCUGAACAGACCUAGAGCAGCUACUGUUGUGGCCAACGGGAAACUAGAGUGCGUCAAGGUUGAUAGACCUCGUUUCGAGAGGAUCCUGGGACCCUGUCAAGACAUUCUGAAGAGAAAUAUGGACCAGUACCAGUCUGUCAUCCAGCUAUAUCCCUAGUCUUACACACACAUUCAUACACUUAAAACACAGAUCCCUAAUGACAGAUACAAAACGAUCAGAUUUUGGACUCCGGUCAAGUAAGAUUUCCAGGACCAACAACACUCGACUUCUUUUUCUUGUUCUUCAAAUAAGACGGCCAGGAUGGAUUAUUAACCAUAUUGUUUUAUCACGACAUUGGACCUGUUUUCUUAUCGUAACGAACAAAAAACUCUCACUAACGAUUAAAUUUACGAAUGGUGUACAAUUGUUCAAGUCUUCUUUUCACAAACUGCGAGAGCUUUGGAAAUUUCUUAAUUUUCUUUGAAUUUGUUCAUAUAUAAAUUGAUCAUUUAAAUAAAUAUUAAUAUAAUUGUACACAAAUUCAGUCUAGUAAAAAAUUGUUAUAGAUAAAAUUAUUAGAAUCGAUUUGAUAUCGCUGCACUUCUGAAAUGCUUCAUUGUU